AUGGAAGAAGCACAACAUAUUAUAUCAAAGGGAAAUUUUGAAAUUCGACGUGCUAAUGAGAAACGUCGUAAGAAGAAAGUAGAAAAGGAAACAGAUUCAAAGGAAGGUAAUGAAAGUGUUGAUACAAAAGCUGUUGAUCGAGGAACAGUUCGACGAUUGGUUGCUAACAAAACAAGGCAGCAAAGAGGCGUGAAAAGACCACGUCAUAAACCAGAACAGACAGUUGUUGUUCAAAAUGUAGUUCACAUGAAAACAUUUCCUGUUGCGGCAAUAUCGAUGGGUUUAUUCAUUGCAAAUGGUGGUAAUAUGGGCGAAUCAAGUUGCAGCGUAACGUUUUGCUUCUUUUCCCGUCAUUUACGUUAUGACUUCUCGUAUAGUUCAGGUGUUCUCUCGUACAGAGCUGGUUACAGGGUAGCGUUCAAUCAUCUGGAAGCGAUUAAUUUCCAAGGAUAUUAUGUAAAUUUCAAGUUAUCGCAACCGGCAGAACAAGAAUACUGCAAUCGAGAAAGUUUUUCGGAUAAUAAACGUAUUGUGGUACCAUGUAACGAUUUCGACAUCACACUGGGACAGUACAAAACAGCUCUUGUUCAUGUAGUUCGCUUGAAUAGCGACGAAUCAUCUGUAUGGAUUUAUCAUUUGCUUGAUGCGGAUCGACAAUUUUUCAAGCCCAUAAUACGACGAGUAAUGUUAAUGAGCGGUAACAGUUCUAGUUGUAGUGCUGGAUCUUCAAAGGGUCCAUUACCGACAUAUGCUGUAAAUCCCUCGACAGUAUCCUUAUACUCUAGUCAUUCUGAUGCGUAUAAUUUCGUUGCGCCAAAAUGUUUACCGUCGGUAGCAUCAUAUGUGGCGCAGUUCGGGAAUACGAAUAAUGAUGUAGCACCAGUACGUUACAAUGAAACAGCAAACUCCUCCUCCUCAGUCACCACUUUCAUGUCAUUUACCACUGAGCAACCACAGUCUAUUGUUGAUUACAAUGGUGGAGAAAAUUCAUGGCAAUCUGAAAUAACUGAGUUCUUGACUGAGCAACCGAAAACUAGCCCGACUGUUCCACAAAGUGUUACUAUGGAAUCGACAAUAACCAAUCACGAAGGUUGUCCAUAUGAUCUGACUGAUGGAUUGGACACCGAUUCCGGAUUGCAAUUAAUGGAUUGUACUACGGAAGAGAAACAACCGAAAGAGGAUAAUGGUCCAAGCACUAUUAGUUCCACAUAUGUAAUGUCAGGGUCAGAACAGGUAGAUUCGGAAUAUAUUCCACAGAAAUCUGAUUCGCAAUACAUUCUCAGUGAUUUGGAUAUGCUUUUUCAGUGA